UGACAGCGCUCUCACACGACACGCACCACACAAAGCGUGUAUUCAUUGCAGUCAUUGCUAUCAUUGCUAUCAUUGCUGUUGUGUUGACCGGCAUUGCAUUCAUUGUAUUUACUGACCACUCAUUCAUCUCUAUUAUCCCGCGAUCACCACUUCACCACCAAUUAUCUUCACACAGACACCAAUCAUGCAAACUCCAGGUGUGAAUGAAGGCGACGGAAUGCCCACCUUUAAGUGCGUUCUUGUGGGCGAUGGCGGCACAGGAAAGACUACUUUCGUUAAGAGACAUCUGACCGGAGAGUUUGAGAAGAAAUACGUCGCCACUCUUGGAGUGGAAGUGCAUCCUCUGGUGUUUCACACAAAUCGAGGGCCCAUUCGGUUCAAUGUAUGGGACACUGCGGGUCAGGAGAAGUUCGGUGGACUCAGGGAUGGCUACUAU